UCCGACUUGUGCCGAUCGCGCUCCACGAACCUCGAAAUCCCUCCGCUUUGACAGUCUUUUCUCUUCGCCUUCCGGUCACUAACCGUCUCGUCGGUCUUUCAAUGGCGAUCACCUUUCUAAUAGUUUAAUUAGCGACGUUUUGUAUAAUGUUUGAUUCUCUGAUUGCAACGUGAACCAUGGAUUUUUGGGGAAUUAUUAGGAGGUGACCCGAUUUUCGAGGAACGGGGACUGAUCGAGGAAACAUGGGAGACCCAGUACGAGGAUCCGCAGAUGCAAUUCACUCGUCCUAUUCCGGACGAAGUUAUCAGUGUUUAUGAAGUUUACGUGAAAGAAGAGAGCGCAGGUUCUGACAACAGGAACGAUGUCACAGUUGUACCGAGCUUACCAACCACAAAUGAUCAUCAAUUAAUUCAGGGUGACUGCAUGAAUCUAGAUGUUGCUAUAGAUUCAGAGGUAAUUAAUAUCGACAGCAGUGUGGCGAAAUUCCUCGGCAAAGAUGCUUUCAAAUACAAGAUCGUUGAUCAGAAUGUUAAUAAGUCCGAGGACAACAUUAUGGUGUACCCGGACCCCAUGGUUGAACGGCCAUCUUCGUCCACCACUCAUCUUAUUGACAAAGAUGACCCAAGAUCGAAGCUCCAUUUCGUGAAGUAUCUGAAACGGGAUGGGAAGACGCUCAAAAUUUGGGAAUGUGGAAUUUGUUCAAAGGAGUUCCGCCACCAGUAUACGUUGAUGAGGCACUUACCAACGCACACUGACGAAAGGAACUUUAAAUGCGAGGCUUGUGGCAAAGCUUUUCGCCAGUUAUCAACUCUGAGUCAACACAAGGCGAUACACAGCGAUGCCAGGCCGUAUGUCUGUGAAUUUUGCAAGAAGACUUUCAACAGAGUGUCCACAUUGAUCUCUCAUCGGAAAACGCACUCGGAACACAAACCGCACAAGUGUCAAGUUUGCGGGAAAGGAUUCCACCAAAAGGGCAAUUUGAGAAACCACGUGUUUACCCAUACGAACGAGAGACCGUAUAAAUGCGAGCUUUGCGGCAAAGGCUUCAAUCAGAUGUCGAAUUUGGUCUGCCACAAGGUCAAAGCGCAUGCACACGCGGAGAAAAUGCAGUACGUGUGCGGAAUCUGCGGCAAAGAGUUCCCGCGUCGAUUCGCUUUGAGAUCGCACGAAGAGUACAAGCACGGCAUCAAAUAUCGACAUCCGACUACGCCACAGCCAGGAAUCAACGAUCCGAACGUUAUAAGAAACAAGAAUGUUAGGAUUGUGCAGCUGCCCAAUAGUGAUCGUAAUCAGACUAUCGAAGUUAGAGAUAAAGAUCCUUUGAUUUCGAUUUUAAAUUCUGUUUCACAAAAGUCUGAUAUGAUGGAAUCAGUGAUAAUAGACAAAAUUGAUACGAAAGCAAUGGAGAUGGCACUUCUAGAGGGUCAAACACCCUUCGCCCUUUUCAAACCGGCUAAAGGAAUUCCAGUGCUCGUAAAAGUCUCGCCAACCGGUACUCACAAAAAUAUUCUGACACCAGCUACAGCUGAGGAUCUACGAAUGGCGGGAAAGAUGAGCCUAAGUCCAAUGAUCCCAGAUGUGGACCGGGUCAAAGCUGUCCAAGUGAAAGUACCCGUGGUAGCCACCGUCAUUCAGAACAUAGAUCCUGAUGGAAAGAUGAAUUUCAUCGUUGAACCGCCUGGACCAGAAAAUGAACACGAGAGUCUCGUCACGGCAUUGGAUUCCCAGUUCACGUACACCGAGUCCCACCGGAAUGAACCAGAUCGCCAGAAUGGUCCUGUUGUGUCCACAGCGAUGGAGGACUGCAACGAGUUACUGGAACUGGCCGCCCAGGGUGGAAUACAAUUCGUGAGAGCCACCGAAGAUGGUCGUUACGAGGUGAUGACAAACAGCGAAGCGAGAGACCUGAUGGCACAGAAUUCACACGAUGUGACUAUUCUGGACGGCGAGGAAGCGGAUGCGAUCAAUGUGGUGAAUAUGCGUGGCAACGGGGAAGUCAUCAUCGGGGAUUCCGAUAAUCAGAUCAUGGUACUCGAUUCCGCUUCGACGCAGAAAUCCAUGUCGAUGGAUGGCAUCGAGAUCCUGGAGGACAAGGACAUCCGAAUUCUCGACAGCAAGAGCCUCGACGACCGUUUCGUGGACGGCAUUAGUUUCCUCUCGCAGUCGAAAAUCGAUGAUUUGAUCCUUGGUCCAAAACCUUUGACUAUCGAUAGUGGAGUUACUGUUGCCGAACACGAGGACGAGGCCAUAGGAGUGCCCUCUAGCCAACAGGAGUUAACAAACAUUCUCAAUCAUCGAAGUGACAUAUCAACCCUAUCAACCACAUCUCACCCCUCCAUAUCCUCCCUCCUAAUGAAGAACCAUCCUCCAUUAUCAAUCCUAAACGACACCCUCCCUUAUCUCAAAAGCAACAAUAGCUUAACCGAAGACCUGAAUAUUCUCAACAGUUCCAUGGACGAUCAUCACUCUGUAUACGAGUCAAAAAUGAAAUUACCUUCCGUUUUUGAUGAUUCUGAAACAGAUGCUGGAUUAAUACCCAUCAGUCAAUCGGAUAUGAAGAUCCUUGGAUCGAUAACUUCAACCCCAAAGGUUCUCAGCAACAAAAUCAAUAGUCUACCGUCAUCGAAACUGUUUUCUGAUCUGGGCGAAGUGAAGAUCCUGGGUCCGAAGAACCAUAACCAAGAGCUGAUGGUGUCUCAGUAUCAGGAUACGAAAUUACUUAGCCCGUACGAACAGUUUUUGAAGAGUACCGCCUCGAACACGAACGGUUGCGACACCAACGCCGUGAACGCAUCCGGCGGAUGCAGAAAGGAGGUAAAGAUUCUGGGCAAGAAGUUGGGAACAGGUAUUAUUACCAGCACCGAGGAGGGCAACGUUGUGGAAGUAGUCGAGGAGAAAACUAAGCUGAUGAUGGACAGCGUUGGAGGGCUCUGCAACAGUACCGACAGUGGGGUGAUUUCAUCUCCGCGUUUAGACCGACAGAUCACGGAAAAUGGCGGACCAGAUAGUUUCCUUCUUCAAGCCUGUAGCCCGUGCGGGUCAGAUUUUCUGAAUUUUGAGAACCGUUUGAAGGACACCUCGCCAACCGGCCAUUUCGAGCGAACUCAAAAAGAUUCUCGGGACAGUUUUAGCUCCACCGGAGGACUUCCGGAUCUCGAUUGACCAAGCAUCCUACUACGGAUCUUUUAGUCCUCGCCUUCCUCGCACUAACAGUUUCUUGCUAUGCAGAAACUGAUCAUUCCACGGCUGUGACUGAUUUAAUUAGAAAUUAGACAGAUGGCGGUCGUUUUUGAAUAGAACAAUUAGAACGAUUUAUUUCAUUCAUUAUAUUUUUAUUUUUCUUCGUUUUUUUUUUUUUUUUUUUUUUUUUUUUUUAAUUCUAUAUAGGGUGUCGUUUCUCUGACCGAGUAGAUUUUCAUUCGGUGAUAAAAUGACAAAUUUUAGCAUGAGAAACUAAGACACCUUCAGUAGUUUCUUUAAAAAGUGUGGCGAUUUCUGGUCACCGAGAACGAAGAAGGUAGUUAGAAACAAUUUUGUUUGCUUUUUUUUUGUAAACUUUUGACUCGUCGACCAGCAUUUUAGUUGCGAUUCGUGGUUUGCUUCGAGCGAACAAAGGAAUGAAGAUUAAGAGUGUAUACACCAUUUAAAUGUCAAUGAUUUUAUUCACGGGUGGAAUGAUUGUAUUUUCGCACGACGUCAAUGUCGACGGUAUGUACAUUUCAAUUCUUUCCCUGCAACGUCUACCGGCCACCCUGUUCGAAAUAUGCAUUGUUUAUUUUCCGGAUUUUCUAUUUUAACAUGGCUGAUUACAUUGUAUAAAUUCGAAUAGUAUUUUACAUUUGAAUUUCGAGGUUGGAGAAUAAAAUUAUAUGCAGAAAAUUA